UCCAAACGCAGCAAGUCAUCGGACAGAGUCGAUCAUCAGGGCCCUGGGCCUCGCAAGGUCCGCAAAGUGAGCCGGGCAUGUGACUUUUGCAAGUCGAGAAAGGCCAGAUGCACUGGGGAUCUACCAUGCGCGAAAUGCGUAUCUAAGGGCAGAGAAUGCUCCUACGAUGCGAAGUACACCCGCGGUCGACCACCAACACCACCUCCAGCAGAGACGCGCCCAAAGAGUUCGUCUACGGGCGCUUUUCCAUCUGUCGAAGAUACAUCCAGGCUCAACGCAUUACCAGCUGAGCGUGGACCCACCACCGCCGUUGGUGAUGACCUUGGUCUCUUGCGUCGACCAAAUGAGAGCACUGUGGCAUCCAGAUCAUCACCAGAGUUGUCCAUAGCGGAGAUCCAGGGGCAAGUGUUUGACUCGAAAUCAGGCCUCACAUUUAUCCAACGAGCCCUGAAGCGCCUUUCGGCUCAGAAUAAGAAUGGUGCAUCGGGCAAAGCUCAACCCCUGUCCGACAACCAAUCGUUAAUGACGGCGGGUGACAAGCCAUUGCCCGAGUUCCCCGGUAAUGGCUUAUCCACCCUUCCAGACCUUGUCGAGUGCAACAAACUUCUUGCACUAUACUUCGAAGUAUGUAUCGCAACUUACCGUAUGUUGCAUCGGCCGACAGCCGAGAGAUGGCUGGCGAUUCUGAAGAGGAAUCACGACGAGGGUCGAGCCUUGUGGAGCGACAUUGGUCGGGCAGAGGCGGCCAUUGUAUUGGCUGCACUGGCUAUUGCUAGGCUCCAUCAAGAGAAAUCCAGGGGUUUCUUAUCGGUCGAAGAUGAGAGCCAGGCACUCAGAGCCAGUGAUGAGCUUUACGUCCUGUCAACUCGUUUCGCAGACGACGAAGCAGGGUUUCCGAGACUCGAGGCAGCGCAGGCCAAGGUCAUCCACGUCCUGUACCUACUCACCACAUCACGGUUCAAUCGGGGCUGGUAUGUCUUUGGUAACGCGCUUCAUCUAGUUACAGCCCUUGGUCUUUACCGUCGUGGCAACUGGAAGAGAGGAAGAAGCUCGCGGAAUGACUACAUUCACACGCAAUGUGGUAUUCGCACUUUCUGGACCGCGUACAUCGUUGACAACUACCUUGCCGUAAUAUUCGGGCGGCCGCGGCACUUUCACGACGAGGACAUCAAUCAAGAUCUUCCAGAGUCAGUUGACGAUGAGGCAAUGACUGUAGAUGGUCCCAUCAAUGCGGCCGAUACCCCCAAAGAUUGCCACAUUGAUGCCCUGAUAUUUCACGCAAGGUUAGUCUCUUUAAUAUCGUGCCUACCUAUAAUCGCCAAACUUGUUGGGUCAGUCUCUCGAGAGGUAUAUACUUUCCGUGCCAUCUCGGAAGCUGAGCGAGUUUCGGCUGCCAACCGGCUCAUUCAACGUGUUCGAGAAUGGCAUGCGAGUCUUCCGAUACACCUUGGGUCUAUACCCCCGUCUAUGCUCAUUCCUAGCUACCGUCGCCAAGCGACAGUCUUGAGGUUGGCACACUUGCAUGCCAUUUUACACGCCAACCGACUGUUCCUUCUCGGCAGCUCGUCCAACACACAUGAGAGCCAAGUCACAGAGUGCAUCAAGGCUGCAAAGGCGGUGUUGGAAACGGUCGAUGAACUGGCUCAAGAGGGUCCGAUCUUCCAUGCCUUCUGGUGGACGCACUACGUAACCUUUUGCGCUUUGGUUGUCACAUAUGUGUGGGAGAUUCGACAACUUCGGAUGAAGAAUUCGAACUCCAGACAUGAUCGAUCCAUGUUACUUGAGUUGGCUGAAAGAUGCCAUACCCAUCUGGCUAAGGCUACUGCCUCUAACUCACCAAGCCGACGAUACGCCGUCAUCCUAGAGGAGUUUCGG